AAAAUUUACAAAACGUUGUUAAUACAUAACAAUAUAUGUACAUAUGCAUAUGUGGAAUAAAAUGUGAAUUUAAACAACCAAAAGUAUCAAACCACCAUCAGUCUUUAUUAGUAUCUGGCAUAUAAGUAUCUAUAUUUUUAUUAUAAUUCAUAAAGGUGAAAAUCUUGUUAUAUCAUUAAUAUAUCUCUCUUAAAUACAUUUGAACAACUUAAAAAAAAGCAAUAUUAUUAUUACAUUCCACACCGCCGCAUUCACAUUGCAUAUCUUGCUGACGCAAUCCACACGUGGCAAAAUACACAUUCAAUUUGACAGCUGCGUAAUUGUGAAAUUCAUUGUGAACGAGUGUUGCUUAUAUUUCAUACGGUUAUGCGUGUUUGUAAUUUUACUGAAGGAAAAUCAACGAAAAUUUAAGAAAAUAUUCAUAAACAAAAGCGAAAUUAUGUGUGCUUCUAAAUUGGAUGAAGCGCUAGCUGAUUGUGUAAUAAAUUUCGACAAACGCGUGUUGCUAACGGAUUUAAUAAAUGAGUAUCACAUGCCAAUUGUUGAAAUUAGCUGUACGCUGACAAAAUAUUUAAAGCAACAAGAGGAGAAAGGUAUCAAAUACGAAAAGCGGUUUGUUGUCCAUGGCCUUGAAAAGGAAGAAGUCAAUAAAGAGAUAUUUACUAUCGUGAAAGGUGAAGCAAAGCUAAAUGAAUGGUUAAGUAAAUUUAAAGAUGCCGAGUCUGCACUUUACUCCGUUGAGAUAGCCGGUGGCGCGAAAGCGCCUGCUGACGAGUUAAAACCGGUAACAUGGUGCGCUAUUAAAAUAGAGGAUUUACAAAUGCGUAUGAGUGUCCCUAAACAAAUGAAUGGCAAUGCUGCAAAGGUGGCUAUUAACGCACCCGUUAGAGUGGAAAGUAAAGCAGAUCUUAAACAGCCGAAAGGAAUUGCGAGCGCUUUUGCCAAAAAUAAACCAAGAAACAUUACAGAUAGUAGCACUUCCAUAAAUGUUAAAAAACAAGGUGAGAGCACAUCUGAAACUAAAGCAGCGGCAACAGCUAAAACAUCACCCCAAGAUAAAACAAAAAACGAAUUGGAUGCUAUCAAGAAGUCACCACAGAAAACAUACGAACAGAAAGAAGUUUCGCCAAAAGACAAAAAAGCAGCCGCGGAAAUUAGUGGUAAAAAAGGUAUUAGUAACUUUUUUGCGCCCAAAGGUAAAAAUACUGCAGAAAAUACGGGUAAAGCCGCUACUGGUGUCAUUCGUCAAAAGUCGCCCAAGAAAUUGAAUGACUUCUUUAAAAAGCAAACUGAUGCCAAGGAAAAAAUCAAAAAAGAAGCAGAAAAAGCCAAUACUUCAGCACAACUAUUCGACGAAAAAGAUGAGGAUGAGCAGAAGGAGGACAGUAAAAUUCGAGUGGACGAAGAGGCACCAGUUGAGGUGCACGUAGAAUCCUCUGACGAAGAAGAAGAGAUCAAUAAGUUGCGACGCAAAGUGAUAGAAGCCGAAAAGGCAGAAUCAGCUACAAGCAGUCGAAAACGUUUGCGCAUCGAAGACUCGGAUGAAGAUGAAGAGAAUGAAGUGGCAGAAGAAGGGCAACCACAGCCAAAGCAAGGCAAAAUCGAUGUAGAAGAAGUGACUGAGAUAGCUGCUACACCGCCAAAAUCAGAAACAUACUUGGAUGAGGAUGGUUUUGUCAUUACAAUUAAGUCUAAAACUCAUGCGAAACCAUCAGCUGCAGCUGCACGCCAAAGAACACCAAAGAAGACAAGCCCGAAGGAAAGCAAAUCUAAGCCAACACCACCCGCCAAGACGAAGCAGGGCAACAUCAUGAAUUUCUUUAAAAAGAAGUAGUUGUUGAAAAUCUCAGAAUUAUGAAAUUUAAUAUAUAAGAAUUUUAUCUCUAUUGAAUAAAAUAUUGUUACAAAAUGAAA